AUGCCAAAGUACUACCGGUAUCUUGCUCCAGCAGAAAUCCAGUUCUAUGGCCUCGACCCUGCGUCGCAAUUUAUCAUUACACGCAGAAUAAAGUUUGAAGUUGGAUUGCGUCAUGUAACCGUGCCGAAGGGAUAUGUCUGCCGAGGAGUUGGACUGAGUUACCAAGACUUCUGCGUUCCACCGCGCUGGGCUGCUUACGAGCACAUGUACGCGACGCAUAGGACAGACAGGGCUGUGUGUACUCGUGAAGAGGCAGACCUCUUCUUGUUCAAUGCAUAUCCGGAUGACAUGAACUUGGUAGGAGAUGAACUCUUCUGUGGCAGUUCACGUGUGUCUGGGGAGGACUUUUGGGCGUCCAGGCUCGAACAAGGAGUAGUGACCGUGCCAGAGCUAGUCACCCCCACUGCCAUCUGGCCAGGGACGGCCACCAAAUUCAGCAGUACCAUAGCGCGAACUCCAGUCGACGCUUCCUUGUCUCUUAUAGCCCUUGCGGUCGCAAUGCUGCUUGCCAUGGGCACGGCUUCUGUGCUAUUCUAG